ACCUGAAAGAAGGAAUUUCCCAUAUAAAAUAAAGAUUAUACACAUAUUGAGAAAACUAUUGAAGGCUUUAUUAUUUAACCAUCUACCAAAUAAUUUAUUGAAUCUUUCUAUAUGAAAGAUGUCGUACCUAAAUAAACACUUAAAUAUUUAGAUAGAAUUAAAGCCAAACGAUAUUUGGAUGAUGAAAGAAUAGAUAGUAUUUAUGCUACCAAUCUUAUUCAUGUUUUUAUUGAUUCUAUUUAUGAAUAAGCAUAAAAAGAUGUUGAUAUAUUGGAUAGAUUACAUGAUUGUAUUACUUCUCCUUGUGGUGGUUUCUUAAUUGUUAAAUUACAUCAUCUACUCAAAUAAGAGGAUCUAUCUCCUAGAAAUAUUAUAGAAGAUUUAACUCAACUUAUUGAUAAACUCAAAGAAUUACUCAAGGGAUAUAAAAGAUCUGUUCCUUUACCUAUCAAUCCUGAAGAAUACAUACCAGAAUUAAAGAUGGAAUGA